AUGCCUCGCGGUAGAGAACCCACUUCAGAAACAGAAACGAAACAGCCGGUUUCGCGGUCUGCGAACAAAGCCAGAUCUCAGGCAGCCCAAUCUGCUCAGCAGGAGUUUUUGGCUCGUCAUAUAAAUAGCAAUGGACCUCAAGAUAAACCAAAAGUUCAUCCGCUCGAUUUUUCCAGUCUUCCAGAUAAGGCAAUUCGAUCGUAUAUGACCAAGCAUUCGUUGCAGUAUCCGGAACCUUCGUCGCUCAAUGCAGAUAUCCUCAAUCUGCACAUCGGGAAGAAGACGCAUUCGUAUAAAAAGUCGCUGCAAACAUUGAUGCCAAAACGAGAGUUGGCGGAAAAAAUGAGAGAUCACUUUUUGGCGCUUCCAUUUCGAGAAAACGAGAUCAUCACCAACUUCUUGUACAAGGUGAAGAACCAGGACCGGGACUUUAAGUUGACUUUUUGA